AUGGAAAGAUAUCUAAAAAGACGGAUAUCAAUCGAUGAUGCAUCUUCAUCUGGGAUUGCUUCCAAUGAAAUUCCUCAAUCUAGCUCUAUUCCAUCGGUGCCGAGGAAAUUUCUAGAAGUAUUGAAUUUGGUUCGAGAUCAAAAUGAGAUUGUAUGGAAAGUUACGUUACAAAAUGCUCCGGGGAACAAUCAAAUGGUGGCUCCAUGUAUUCAAAAAGACCUUGCUCGUUGUUUUGCACAAGCAGUACUUAACUCAAUUUUUGAAGAAGCUGGUGAUGAUGAUACAUCUGCAUUAUCUUUAAAAUCUACUAUUGACUCUUUAUUUGCUGAAUAUGGAUUGAGUUUGACGAAGAUCAGGGGUCAAGGGUAUGAUGGAGCAAAUAAAGUAGAAGAAUCCAUUGGUCAUGAUGAAAUUGAAACCGGAAGUGGAUUAAACCAAGAACUUUCUCUUACUAGAGUCGGAGAUACAUGUUGGAAUUCUCAUUACGAAACUCUAUCAUGUUUGGUUGGUUUAUUUUCAUCUGUUACUGAUGUUCUUGAAUAUGUUGAAGAUGAAGGCCUUAAUAGUUUUAGUCAACGUCAAGCAAGUGGUCUUCGAAUAUAUCUUCGAUCAUUUGAUUUUCUAUUCCACUUGCAGUUGAUGUUGAAAAUUUUGGGGAUCAUAAACAUAUUGUCACAAGCUCUACAAAGAAAGAAUCAAGAUAUCGUGAAUGCUAUAAGUUUGGUGAAAUCAACCACUUUAACGUUAAAAAAGAUGAGAAAUGAUGGGUUUGAUGCACUUAUUUUGGAUAUCACCUCUUUUUGUGAGAAAAAUAGCAUUCAAAUGAACAUGGAAGACUUUUAUGUUAACCCAAAAGCCCGAAGACAAUAUACUGAUAUCUCCAAUCAUCGUUAUUACGAGUUUUAUUAUUUUAACAUGGUUUUGGAUAUGCAAAUUCAAGAGUUCGGUGAUUGUUUUAAUGAAGUAAGCUCCGAAUUGCUUAUUUGUAUGGCGGGUUUGAAUCCACAUGAUUCAUUUUGUGACUUUGACCCAUCAAAGUUACGGAAGCUAAUCAAUUUCUAUCCACAUGAUUUUAGCUAUAAAGAUAGGUUGGAUAUUUUAAAUGAACUUUCGGUUUACCCCAAUCAUAUGCAACAAGAUGGAAGCUUUGCAAAUUUGAAGAACAUAUCCGACCUUGCUAGAGUAAUGGUGGAAACCAAGAUGCAUUAG